CCCGACUGUCGCGGCGCGCCGGGGAGGACGGGCGCCGUAGGUCGCUGGAAGAAGCCGGGCGCCGGAGCGGCCUCGGGACCGGGACCGGGCGCUGCAGGGGGGCGCGGGCCCCGGUCAGCCAGCAUGACGGAAGGCUUUGACUGCGCGGGCUGUAAGGAGUCCCUGUACGGGCGCAAGUACAUUCAGGUGGACGAAGGGCCCUUCUGCAUCCCCUGCUACGACGCCCAGUUCGCCAACACCUGCGAUGAGUGCAAGGAGCUCAUUGGGCACGACUGCAGGGAGCUCUACUACGAGGACCGCCACUACCACGAGGGCUGCUUCCGCUGCUUCCGCUGCGACCGCUCGCUGGCCGAUGAGCCCUUCACCUGCCAGGGGGAGGCGCUGCUGUGCAACGACUGCUACUGCCGGGAAUUCUCCUCGCAGUGUGUGGCCUGCAAGCAGGUGGUCAUGCCAGGCUCCCGGAAGCUGGAGUACGGCGGGCAGACGUGGCACGAGCACUGCUUCCUCUGCAGCGGCUGCCAGCAGCCCAUCGGCUCGUGCUCCUUCAUCCCGGACCAGCAGGACUACUACUGCGUCCCCUGCUAUGAGAGCAAGUUCGCCCCCCGCUGCACCCACUGCAAGAAGUCGCUGACGAAGGGUGGCGUGACUUACCGGGAUGAGCCGUGGCACAAGGAGUGCUUUGUCUGCGUGGGCUGCCAGACGCCCCUGGCCGGGCAGCAGUUCACCUCUCAGGAAGACCAGCCGUACUGCAUCAAGUGCUUCGGGAGCCUCUACGCCAAGAAGUGCAAUGCUUGCGAGAAGCCCAUCACCGGCUUUGGAGGGGGCAAGUACAUCUCCUUUGAGGAUCGCCACUGGCACCACAAUUGCUUCAGCUGUUCCCGCUGCACAACCUCGCUUGUGGGGAAGGGGUUCAUUCCUGAAAACGAGGAGAUCUUGUGCCGCGAGUGUGCUGGCGACCUCUGAACAGCUCCUGGCGGCUGCUGCCCUUCAAGCUUUCUGUGUGCCAAAGUCCCCUCCUGGAGCAACAGCGCCGGCCCUCAAGGGAGCCUCCCCUUCUCGCCAGCCUGGCGCUUUCAUGCCCUCUGUGGCUGGGCUGGCCUGCAGCUUGAGCAGCUGUCCAGAUUCCUCAGGGUGGCCUCUGCCCCAGCAGUUCUGCUGCGAGGUGGAGGGCCACUGGCUCCCCUUCCCUGGCCCAGGCUACUUGCAGAGCUGUGGCUGGGCACCGCCCGUUCCUUGAAGCAGGGUGCCGUUACUGACAGUCCCACCUUGCGGAGAGGUGUGUGCACAUGUGCGCAUGCUUGCAGCAGCAUCCCAACACAUGCAUGCAUGCGCACAUGCACACACUGAAUGUGCAUUUCCCCAUGAAUGCCCCAUCUUGGGUCUGGAGAAUGGACCUGCUUCCUAGAACAAGGCCUAUUCACCCUCCCCUUUUCCUAGAGAGAUCCAGCUUGCUCCCUGGUAGUCCCUGCCUUUGUAAUAAGCGGGGUGAAGAAUGGCGCAGACCCCCCCACCACCACCACUGCUGUGCCCCAUGUGGCCCAGCCCUGCCCUGCCACUGAUGCCAGGAGUCCCCCCUCCCCCCGGCUUCACUUCCCAAGGCCACAGUGAGUGUGCAACCCCAGUGAACAUGGAUCUUCCUGCCUGGGAUUGAAGCUGCCUCUUCCUCGGCAGCAGACAAGAGUGGGCACUUGGGACCCAACACGCCUUUCCCAGGGAGGAUGUGGAGGGGCGCCUGGGCCACCUCUCGCCACCCACAGGGACGAGGCAGCCCCCCAGGCCCGCAGCAGUGGGGCCUCCCUCGCCAUGCAAAACCGAUCCACGAGGAAGCCCGUUUCCCAGGCGCUCUGCCAGCGUCCCCUCCAGGCCCUGUUGCUCCCUCCCAAAUCUCCUGUCCUCCAGAGGCUGCUGGUACAUGUGUGGGCGGUCCUUCUGAGGUGUUGCUGCCUGGAGGCCAGGUGUGUGCCCACCUUUUGGUCCACGCUUCACCAGAGUGUGUCCCUUUCUGGCUUUUUCUAAUAAAUCAUGUUACUGGA